GACUGGCUGAUAGUUUCCGGUAGUAUGGCGACUGCAUCCUUAAAUGCUCCCACUGCGUCUUCUUAGUUUCUCCAAGGAGGUACUGAGAGCCAGUGUGGUUCCUUCCAUGUGGCUUGAGGGACUAUGCUGCUUCUGGUAGCUCUUUGCCUGCUCUGCAAUAAUAAAACCGUCUCGGCCACAGACAGCAGCCGCACGCCACAGCUAGACUACAACAGCCUGGCUCUGCCGCAGCGACAUAUUCCUUUCUUUCUACACAACAACAAACCUCUGGCCAAACUCUGCAAAGAGGACCCGCUUUGCCCUUUUAAAGAUGCUCUGCUGCUCAGGAAGGCCUGUUGGGGGUAUGAAAAGAGCUGCUCUGCUGAGCACAGGUUCAGCUAUCCUGUGUGCACCAGUCUUGAUUCAGGAUGGGCAAACUCUAUUCAGGCAGCCCAGGAACUGUUCUGGAAACAGGCAGAUUUCGGCUACGUGAGGGAACGUCUCAAUGAGAUGAAGACAUUGUGCAAGCCGUCGAAACCCGCUGAUUCCUCUCUGAAGUGCUCUAGUCAUAUGCGGUUCUGCAGGGCCACAAACCUGUAUCUGGACCUGAGGAGUCCCCGCAGAGGUCACGAGAGGUAUAAAGAGGAUUUCCUGGAGCAGGGUGAGAUCGGGGGUCACUGCAGCCUUAACAGUAAAGCUUUAGAGGCAGAAGGGACACAUAAGAGUCCCCUACAGUCUUGGUUUUCUGAAUUGCAAACAUAUUCAGAGCUUGACUUCCAUCCCCUGGAUGAUGGCCAUUGUGAUGUUAUCAUUGACAGACCAACUGUCUUCAUGAAACUGGAUGCAGGAGUGAACAUGUACCAUCAUUUCUGUGACUUUGUUAAUCUCUACAUCUCCCAGCACCUUAACAACUCCUUCAGCCGUGACAUAAACAUCGUCAUGUGGGACACAAGUGUAUAUGGAUAUGGAGACCUCUUCAGUGAAACGUGGCGAGCCUUCACCGACUAUGACAUCAUUCACCUCAAAAACUUAGACUCCAAAAGGGUUUGUUUCAGAGAUGCGUUUUUCUCUCUCCUUCCAAGAAUGCGAUAUGGCCUUUUCUACAACACUCCUCUUAUCUCUGACUGCCACAGUGAGGGGCUGUUCAGGGCCUUUUCUCAGCAUGUCCUUCAUCGACUCAGUGUCCCACAAGAUGGACCCAAACAGGGCCAGGUUCGUGUCACUCUGUUGGCAAGAAGCACAGAGUACCGUCGGAUAAUAAACCAGCAGGAGCUUAUCAAUGCCCUGAAGACUGUGCCUUUAUUUGAGGUCAAGCUGGUGGAUUACAAAUACAAGGAGAUGCCUUUUCUGGAGCAGAUCCACGUCACACACAACUCUGAUAUCUUUAUUGGGAUGCACGGAGCCGGACUGACCCACCUCCUCUUUCUUCCUGACUGGGCCGUCAUUUUUGAAUUGUACAACUGUCAGGAUGAGAGCUGCUACCGUGAUCUGGCCCGACUGAGGGGAGUCCAGUACAUGACUUGGCAGAAAAGGGACAAAGUGUUCCCACAGGAUAAGGGUCAUCACCCUACUCUUGGAGAACAUCCUAAGUUCACCAACUACACUUUUGACGUGGAGGAGUUCAUGCGUUUAGUUCUUCUAGCAGCUGAACAUGUGACUCGACACCCGGACUGGAGAGCUAAACAAAGUCGAGAAGAACUGUAGAGCGUAAGAUAUGAGGAUGAACACACUCCUGCAAACUCACUGCACUGCUGUUAAUGUAGCUCAUGAAAAGCUGACCGCUCAGAAGUCAAAGCACAAUUACAUUUCAGAAAAAAACAAAAACACAUGUGCAGUUUCUGCUCCUCUUCUGCUCAUGGAGGAGCUCAGGAGUUUUUCCAAAAGACUCCCAUCUCAAUUGCAGACUUACUUCUUGGAUGUUUUGUGUGGUCUAACAGUCCUCUCCUAAAGUCAACCCAGACUCUUUCUGAAAAUGUACCACUAUAUACAUUUCUGGAGAGCCCUUAAAUACAACCCAGGAAGUAAGUUUUUCAGUUUUUUUUCCACGAGUCCACCAGAGGCUGAUGUGUAGGCUUUUUGAGAUCUCAAAUUUCUCUCACGAGUGCCACUAGAGGCUGUUGACUGAAUGACUAACUGACCCACCCUCCUUCUUCCCUUAGUGUUUUUAAAAGCACCGUUUGACCAUUAAAUGACAAUUUUGUAACAGUGGGAAAAGUCGUCCAUACAGAGGUAAGCUGUCAGCUAGUAAGUGCGAAAAUGAACAGUAUUAUACCCCCUCGUAUUGUUCAUUUUAGACGAAAUGCAGCCAACUGUACUCAUGGCUACAUAAAUCGCGAUCUCCAGAAAUGCCUAAAGCUGUACCUUUUUAGAAUGAGUCUAUAUGUUGCCUAAAUAUAUGUUCUUUUAUUUAGAGACUACACUUUUAAAAAUUGAUCUGAGAGCAGCUUUAUGAUUUGUUUCUGACUGCAUGAGCAAACCUCAGGUCUGCAGAUCAAUACAAGUUUGUAAGAUACUUUAGAGAUCAGUUUUUUCCUAAAAAUCUAGCGAUCAGGCUUUGAGAGUUUAGUUUAGAGUCUGUUUGGUAGCAUUUUUAAGGCAAGACACUGCGGGCAAAACAUAUUUUAUACUACUUCUGUAAGUUUUGGCUUUACAUAAAGUGUUUUUUUUCCAGUCUAGUGGACUGAAAACUAAAAUACACUGGAUACACAAAAAUUCAUUUUUGUCUUCAGAUUUUAAUAUUAGUAUAUACUGUAUUUUAAAGACAGUUUUCUCAAAAUGUUUUUUUUUUACCUCUGUUCUAAGCUAUAAAUCCCUACCUCAGCAGCUCUUACAUAUGCCAAUUUCAGUUUUAUCAAUAUCAAUAUUCUGGUGGUUUUCACAGAGGAAUUUGUAUUUGGUCUUAUAUAUCAUCACCUUUUAAUUAUAAGGUUCUAUCUGAUGUUUUUGUCAAAAUUGAGUUUCUGACAUAUUCUUAUUAAAUGAGAACACAUUUACAUUAAGGGAUGUUUUUUUUUUUU